AUGUCCUGCUCCAGCCUGUGUGUGCCCUCCUCCUGCGGGGUGGCCACCCCGGCCCCUCUGGCUGACACGUGCAACGAGCCCUGCGUGCGGCAGUGCCCCGACUCCACGGUGGUGAUCCAGCCCCCGGCCUCAGUGGUCACCUUCCCCGGGCCCAUCCUCAGCUCCUUCCCCCAGCAGAGCACUGUGGGCUCAGCAGGAGUGCCUGCUGUUGGAGGGGGCUUUGGGGGCAGUUUUGGAGGCCGUGGGGGCUCUGGAGGCUCUGGGGGUUAUGGUUAUGGGGGUUUUGGGGGCUAUGGGGGCUCUGGGGGCUGUGGGGGCUCCAGAGGUGUCGGCACCUGCGAUUUUGGGGGCUGGCGCAGUGGCCACAGGUACCUCAGUGGCAACUGCGGGCCCUGCUAAGCCCCUCACCGAGACCCAGGAGAGCUCCAGGAAACCCCCCGGCACAUCCCCACACGGCACCUGAAGGAAGGACACCCCUCUGGCAUCGCUGGGCUCCAGAACUUGGGCACCUCGUGCCUGCUGGGGACCCAACUCUGCCCCUUUCCUGCUGUGCUUGAGCCUCCCCUCCGGACCUGCUGCCUCCUCCCAGCACAGCCCCGGGUUGGGCUCCUGCUCCUACUCCUGCUCCUGCUCCUGACGGGGGCUCAGCUGAGCUCUGCCCACUGCCAGGAGCCAGGGAAGCCCUUGGCCAGGGCCCUGCUCUUCUGGCAACCCCCUCCUCCCCCCCAACUACAAUAAAAGCUGUCUUUG